GCCCUGCUCUGGCUAGGUUCCCUUCUCUGUGGUGUUAGGGCGAUUAGCUCGGUGCGGUGUGAGCUCCGGGAUGUUCCGCAAGGCUCGGCGAGUGAAUGUGCGAAAGCGCAAUGAUUCGGAGGACGAGGAGCGAGAGGCCGACGCUAAUUCCGCGGCACCGGCGGCCGAACCUUCCGAGCCUGUGUUUUCGGUAUUUGAACACCCGGUCUCUAUUCCGCUGCUCGGCCCGGAUACUGGGCCUCCCCGGGGCAAGAAGGAGGGGAACUCGGUGAUGUCUAAGGGCAGCCUUCUCAGCUUCCAGGACGAUGAUGACGAUGAGGAAAUCUUUAAAGUGAAAAAAUCCAAUCACAGCAAAAAAAUUGUGAAGAUGCUAAAAAAGGAAUAUAAAGACGAUCUAGAGAAGACCAAGCCGAAGGCGUCCGGCAACAGUACAGUUGAUGGUGACAGCUUUAUGAACAGAUCCCUGCCGCCUAAGGAUGGAAUCCAAGAGGACAUUGCUGUGGGCAGCGAUCUAGGGGAGGAGGAGAUGGAAGUUGAAAGUGAAAAAGAAGAGGAAAAACCCAAAGCCGGCUCAUUUACAAACGCAGUGUCUUCUCUGAAUGUCCUCCGCCCAGGAGAGAUACCAGACGCUGCGUUCAUCCAUGCAGCGCGUAAGAAGAGACAGAUGGCUCGAGAACUUGGAGAUGCCCCAUCUGUAGAUGGUGAGGGGGGUGGUAAAAGCCGACUGGUGCGUGAAGAUGAAAACGACGCAAGUGAUGAUGAAGAUGAUGAUAAGAGGCGAAUAGUCUUUUCCGUUCGAGAGAAAUCUCAGAGGCAGAAAAUAGCGGAGGAAAUUGGAAUAGAAGGAAGUGAUGAUGAGGCUUUAGCAACGGGAGACCAAGAUGAAGAGCUCAGCCGCUGGGAGCAGGAACAGAUUCGGAAGGGAAUUAGUAUUCCGCAGGUUCAAGCACCUCAGCCUCCAGAAACAAAUAUGUUCUACCCAAGUACUUACCAAGGAAUGCCUUACGGCACAUCAUAUGGUGUCCCCUACACUUAUGCUGCUUAUGGAUCCACUGAGACAAAAUCUCAGAAACCAGAUAAUUCUGUCUCUUUCAAAACUCCCAGUAAUGAGAUGACUCCUGUUACUAUUGAUUUGGUAAAGAAACAGCUUAAAGACAGGUUGGAUGCAAUGAAAGAAGUGCACAAGGCAAACCUUGAACAGUAUGAGAAACAUGUGCAAAGCAGAGAGGACUCCACUAGCUCCAUUAGCCGCUUGGAAGGGUGUUCAGGGAGUAAUGCCGAGCGCUACCAGUUUUUGCAAGAAAUGCGAGGGUAUGUCCAAGACUUGCUUGAGUGUUUUCGUGAAAAGGUACCUCUGAUAAAUGAGCUUGAAUCUGCAAUGCACCAGCUGUACAAACAGCGAGCCGCCCGCCUUGUCCAAAGACGACAAGAUGAUAUUAAGGAUGAAUCUUCGGAGUUUUCGAGCCAUUCAAGUAAAGCUGUGAUGGCACCAAAUCUAGACCCCUUUGGGCGAGACCGGGCACUUUUUCAGGAACACGCGAAACAGAGGAGGAUCGCAGAAAGAGAAGCGAGAAGAACGCGCCGCCGACAAGCCAGAGAAGUACCUGGCAAGACGGCAGAGCACCUUGAAGGUCUGUCCAGUGACGAUGAGGAAACAUCGACUGAUAUUACAAAUUUCAACAUGGAGAAAGAUCGAAUUUUAAAGGAGGCUGGCAAAGUGUUUGAGGAUACACUGGAAAAUUUUCAUUCCAUCGAAUAUAUUAAAGAUCAGUUUGAAUCGUGGCGAUCAACCUACUAUAGCACAUACAAAGAUGCAUACAUCGGUCUUUGUCUACCAAAGCUGCUGAAUCCUUUAGUACGGAUACAAUUAUUAACUUGGAAUCCCCUAGAGGCAAACUGUUGCAACUUUGAGAGUAUGAUGUGGUUCGAGUGUCUACUUUUUUAUGGUUGUGAAGAAAAGGAGUAUGACAAGGAGGACGUGGACAUUGUUCUCUUGCCAUCACUGGUUGAAAAAGUUAUUCUCCCCAAACUUGCAGGUAUUGCUGAGAACGUAUGGGACCCCUUUUCUACAACACAGACCAACAGGCUGGCAGCAGUUGUUCAAAAGCUAGUAAAUGGAUAUCCUACCGUUUUAAACUCUGAAAAUAAAAAUACAGAGGCUCUUCUCAAGGCACUGCUGGCAAGAAUGAGGAGGACACUAGAUGAUGAUGUCUUCAUGCCAUUAUAUCCCAAAAAUGUUAUUGAAAAUAAGAACUCUGCACCGUGUAUAUUUUUCCAGCGCCAGUUUUGGUCAUCUGUAAAGUUACUAGGGAAUUUCCUAAAGUGGCAUGGUGUGCUCUCCAACAAAGCACUGCAGGAGCUGUCAGUAGACGGCCUGCUAAACAGAUACAUCCUGAUGGCAUUUCAGAACAAUGAGAAUGGAGAAGACAGCAUUAAAAAAGCCCAAAGUGUUAUCACAUGUUUCCCAAGGCAAUGGUUUGCCAAUCUUAAAGGAGGUAAAACCAUUCCACAGCUGGAAAACUUUGCCCGAUAUCUCACCCAUCUGGCUGGCACAAUAUACAGAAACAAUGUUGGCUGCUCAGACAUAGAGAGAAGAAACGCAAGAGAGCAAAUCAGGCAGAUUGUAAAACUACUAGCAAGUAUCCGGGCCUUGGAAAGCGCCAUGUCUGUUGCCAACGAUUACAAUGUGAAAGACAUCAAAGCUCCAACAGAAGGCAAAUAAAGCACGUUGGAGACUGCCUGUUGUACAUUCAUUCCUCCCUUCGGUUUUGUACAUUAUGUAAAGUUUCUUAACAUGUAUAGUGAUGAUUAUUAUUAUUUUAAGGUAGGCGUGCCUUGAUUUUACCAAGGUCUUGUGUUUUUUUUUUAAAAAAAAAAAAAAACAAAAACUACAAAAAAAUCGUACAGUUUCCUAGUGGCUUCAGUUUGUGUGCAAGCCUCGUGCUGUUGUGCCUGUACAGAUGUAAUAGUAGCUGAAUUCUGAAUAUUUAUCUGUUGCGACAUAAACUGUACAUGUGUAUUUGCAUGUGUAAAAUUCCUGAAAAAGAAUUGCACAAGGCUGCUCUGUAUAGACUUGCCUCGCUGGUAUUAGCUAAUAGGGGGUAACAAGGAUCUGUGAUUGUAUCUUACAAUGUUAAAUUUCCACCAUGUUUUGGGUAGAGUGGUUUUUGAGCAGAGAUAAGCAGUGAUAUUUAUAAGGAAACCCAAAGAAAAGUCCAGCUGAAGGAUUCUUUUGGGAAUAAAACUGCCAAGGCAUUUUAUAAACUGGAACUUGUUCAAGCAAGAGGACUGUUUCUGUUCGAAUGUACGAGGUUUUUUCCUUACAACUUCCUGCAAACACUGCAUUUUUGGUGCACAAACUUCUCCUUCUAAGCAGUGCUGACCCAAUCACAUUGCUGCCUUCUCUCUCGAGCAUCUACUCUUCACUUUCUGCAUCAUGUGCGGAAGCCAUGGUUUCGAUCGUGGCAAAUGAAUGAGCUUUAACUGAAAUCUCUUAUGAGAUUGUGGGGAGAUAAUAAAUUUCUUAUGAUUUGUGUUUAUUUUGAA